AUGAAUCCCCUUCUCAAGAAGAAUGAUGUCGACGUUAGCAAAUUGAGCCCAGAUGAGCAGCGUCUCUAUGCCAUGUAUGGCAAGAGACCCAACAAGAAGGAUGUGCUGCAGAACAAGCUCAAGGAGCGAAAAUACUUCGACUCGGGUGACUACGCUUUGAGCAAGGCCGGCAAAGCUUCGGACGUCACUAACAUCGGCUCCCGCCACCCCGUUCCGGAGAACAUUCCUCACCUGACAGCCACCUCCCCAGGUGCCAACAACCCCGCUGUCGGUAACGGUGGCAGUAUCAGUGCCCAAGGCGGACAGCAGCUCCCCGGUAGCUUCAGCGGUCACCCCAGCUCUAUCGGCUUCCAGGGCCGUAGCCCCAUCAAGGAGGGCGGAAGCUUCUUGCACCGCGGUUCUAGCCUCAGUGAAGGCUCCGUUGGCCCGGAUGUUCAGGAAAAGGAGCUGAGUGUCAGCCCGCCGCCUGCUCGUGAGGGCGUGCCCAUUCGUCGGUGA